AGAAUUCUGCGAAACGGAAUAACGGGAUGGUAAAACAUUGGUUACCGAUGUUUGCCAGAAAGUCGGGUUUUCGAAAACAGGGGCCAGUCGUAAGACACUUGAGAUACAAUAUUUACUGGCUCUAUAAGGUUGCUGUGAGCCAAGAGGUAUUACGUAAAUAUUUAACGAGGGAUUUGAUACCGAUGUUGGUAUUAUCUCAUUGAUCUUUCGGAUUUACGAUUACAGCUUAUAACUGUUACCUUUUAUCAAGUUCAGAGAAAUUCGGAUAGUCUUUGCUUUGUAGGCUGUCUGCGCUUAUUUUAUCGCGUUUUGAAUCUUUUUGAUGCCUAAGUUGUAUAUCAGAUGUUCUUAGAAACAUCAAUUUGUAAGUUGUUUUUAUUUGAGAAGGUUAAAUAGAAUUUUGGAGAUAAGUGUUAAUCUUUUUAAGCUUACGUUUGGAAUACAUGAAGGUUUAUUUAUGUGUGAUCAUAUACGCGUUUCUGUUAUAGUGUAGGUUCUCAGUAAAAUUAUUAUCGCUGUAUGAUUCUGUAUAGUCUUUUACUACUCUCGUAUUAAGACAAUUUUGUAGUACAAACGCGUGUGGUUAUGCACGCAGUUCCGCUUGUAUCGAUUCUUACGGUUCUUCUUAAUCCCUUUCUUGGAUCUAAACUGUCCUUAACAUCAAAACCGGUUAAAUAGUUUAGCGUGAAAGCGUUAAAGACAAACGCACAUCGCAUUAAUAUGUAGAGUUACUUUAAUAACAAGGUUUCCCACAAUAGUACAAUAUAUGAAGACAGUUAUAGAUUUGAUAAAUGCGUACAAACCUUUCGUAUUUCGUUGGCCAGAAUUAUACAUUACAACAAAUUGAAUGGAUUCAAUUACGAAAUCAUGUCAUAAUUGUAACCACAAAACGUGGUAUUGAUAAAAACAAUACCACGUUUUUAUCAUAUUGUAUCGUUUUUACCAUAUUUGUCGAUUAGCGGUAUGGAUACCUCUCAUAUUACCAUCAUCAUCAGCGUAGCCUUUUCCCAACUAUGUUGCGGUCAGCAUAGAGUCCAAUCCAAUGUAGUAUUUUACUCCUCAACUGGUACUCCUCAACCCAGUUACGUGGACAGUAAGUUACCUCUUAGUAAGACUGGUUUUCAGACUUUAUAGCUUCUUACUACCAAUAACGACUGUCAUAGAUGUAUGAAUAACAGCCGGGACAAACAAUUUACCGUGCUUUGUGAAACACGGAGGAACUCGUAGUAACAUAGAUGGUCAUACGUCCACGGACCGACUGUAUCUAGCGUUGCUUAACCUGCGAUCGAUCAACUUGUGUAAUUAUAGCCUAACUACGAGAUACUGAUGUAUUACUUUUUUGAUUCUCAAAUACUGUAACGUUCUUCUUGAUAGGAACCUGCUUCGGAGCCGCGCUUGAGCCGUCGCUACUUUCAUCCUACAUUGGCAGCUUAACCAAAUAAGACUGUGUUCAACUACCUAUAUUUUUGUGUUGAUAGAUAAUUAUUAAAAGUUUACGAUUUGUGAUAUUGAUGACAAAAAUAAUUUUAUUUUAAAAAGGUGACGUUUUUUCCAGUCCUUACGAUAAAUAACACUUUAGAUUUAUGCAUUUUUAUGAUUGGUGUAAUGGUCGUACUUGCCCACAAUCCGACUGUCCCUGAUUUCAUUCUCCUCAUCCACUAGCGGUAGUCGAACACGACAGGUUUGAUUUCAUCUCAUCUUCUUUCACUGUCAACCCUUUUCCCUGUCAAGAAUUAUAAUAAGACAAAUCGCCUCUUUACAAGAGCAACGUGACAUCUCAUAAAAACGUUUUUUUUUUUAUUUGAUAUUCAAAACCGCGAUGUCGAAUUUUAUUUUCUACAAAAACGCGGUAUUUUAAAAGUGAAUGUUCGAGGAGCUAUGAGUGAAAGAGACGACAUGACCGUGGCAAAUGGCGUUAUCACGUUGUCUCUUUCGGUGUGGCGCACGACUUCGACAACGCGACGCGUUAGUUUGCCCCGCACGCGCAACGAGUGAAGUGCUCCUGCUUUUCACAAAAAACGUGGCAUCACGAGUAUACCACGUUUUUAGUGCAAAGAUGGCAUCACGAUCUAGGAUGUUAGUUCAAUUAGCUACAGGUGUUAAAAAUAAUUUAAGUGUACAACAAAGUGAUUCAAACUCUCAGAUAGAUACUUUAACACAAGAUGAGAAUGAAAAUGCCAAAAGCUCGACCAAUACAUUGCAGACAUCAACAGAAGACAAAGACAUCGCAUUAGAUUCCAUCCGACCUCGUAGUAAUUCGACUAGUAGCAGCGGUUCCUCUAGUUCUAGCAGUUCUUCGAGUUCUAGCAGUUCUUCAAGCAGUGGCCCAUCUGUGUAUCAAGGUAAGUUAAUUUAUAUCCCACUUUUCUCACAAAAUUCGAGGGUAAUUGAUCAAAUCAAUACCACACCACUACACUUCAAGAAUUUUGAUUGCAUUUAUAACGUUUCAGACAGCGACGACUCAGUAAAGGAUCCUGAUUAUGAAGCCCAACCAAAAAAACGUGCUGAGUAUUCUUCUGAUACUGACGUGGAACAAAAUAUCACUACUAACUAUAUAAACAUUUCGGAUGAUCAACAUUUGGUAACAUCUAAUAUAGUUUCAACAAACAUUGAAAACUCCGAGGAACCACUUUCGUCUACAAACGAACAUGCUAUGGUAUCCUACGAUCUCGGUGUCAUAGAGAACAGUGAAUCUUCUGCGAUUGAAAACGUAAGUAAUGGAAAUGCUGUAGGUCUAAUAGUGUAUAAUUCUAGUCCAACUAAAACUGGUAAAAAAAGAAGACUAAAUGUAGCAAACUGGAAAGUCAAUGUAGCUAAACGACUGAGAAAUAGUGGGAAGCCUUAUCAAUCUACCAAAUCAAAAAAAAACAUGCCAAGUCGUGAAUUGAAACCUUCUUGUAAAGAUAAAUGUAAAUUUAAAUGUGGGUUUAAAUUUACAGAGGAGCAAAGACAGACCAUUUUAAAUGAUUAUUGGAGCUUAGGUGCAAUAGAAAAACAAUGGACGUUUAUUGCUAAUAGCGUAGACAUAGUCAUCCCAAAACAACGUUACGUUAAAGUUGAUUCGGAUGGAAAUGUUGCAACUAUUCGAAACAACAACAACGCUUUCUUUUUGACGAUUUCUGGUGAAAAAACAAGAGUUUGUAAAUUGUUUUUCAAAAAUACUUUGGGGAUUAAUAAUCGACCCAUAGAGACUGCUUUGAAAAAGAAAAAUAGCAACACUAAUAUUUCUUCCAUGAAAGAUAACCGAGGUACUCAUUCAAACCAUUAUGCAGUGGACGAAAGCAUUAAAAAUGGCAUCAAAUUGUUUAUUGAGUCUAUACCGAAGAUUGAGUCACAUUAUAUCCGGGCUAACUCAAAACGAAAUUAUAUUGAUGGUAGCAAAGCUGUCACAGAUCUUCAUAGAGAUUAUGUAGAAAAAUGCAAAUCCCAAAACGUCCCCUAUGGAACCUACAUUACAUUUUAUCGUAUUUUCACACAAGAUUUUAACAUUUCGUUUUUCACUCCUAAAAAGGAUUUAUGCGAUAUUUGCGAAGCCUAUAAAAACAUCACAGAUGAAGAGAAACAAUCUAAGAAACAAGAUUAUGAAUUACAUCUUAAGGAAAAGAAUUUGUCUCGUAUUGAAAAAGAAAAAGAUAAGAACAACAAAAAUAUUUUAGUAGCGGUCUAUGAUCUUCAAGCAGUGUUCCAAUGCCCCAAAGGAGACAUCUCAGUUUUUUACUACAAGUGCAAACUAAAUGUACUUAAUUUAACAAUUUAUAACUUACAAAAUAAUUUAGUUGAGAGUUAUGUAUGGGAUGAGUCUAACGCCAAUAGAGGUGUCAACGAAAUAGCUACCUGUGUUUACAAAUACCUGGAGAAAAUUUCGGCAACGGCUGAAGACCUCGAUGUUGUCUUUUAUUCAGACAAUUGUGCCGGACAGCAAAAAAAUAAGUUCAUGAUCUCAAUGUACACUUACGCAGUCAAAACUCUGCCAAAUCUCAGAUCAAUUACACACAAAUACCUCGUUAAAGGACAUACGCAGAACGAGGGCGAUUCAGCUCACUCUCAAAUAGAGAGAGAAGUUAAAAGGCAAUUGAGAUCAGGACCAAUGUAUACACCUGACGCAUUUAUCGGGGCUAUAAAGGCGGCACGGAAAAAAAGCGAGCCAUUUCAUGUUAAUGAAAUGUGCUUCGAUGAUUUUUUUGAUUGGAAAAGUAUAUGCACUCAAAUGAACUUUGCAAUAAUGAAAGAUGAAGACAAUAAUCCUGUGAAACUGGCUGGACUGAAGAUGAUAAAAGUUCAAAGCUCUGAUCCCGAUGCCAUAUUUUUCAAAGAAUCGUACGCUGACGAAUUAUUUAAAAAAGCUAUAGUGGUGAAAAAAAAGAGAAAUCAUAAUAGUCAAAGCAUUAAUUUAGAUUUGCAAAAGGCCUAUCUUCAAAAACCUGGACUAGCAGAGCGAAAAAAAGCUGAUCUCAUGGAUUUGGUCAAUAAAAACCUCAUUCCUAGAUACCACAAGCCAUUUUACGAAUCGUUGUAAUAAGACUGAUUAAGUACAAAGAUUUUUUGAAUUGUAUUUUUUAGAAAUAUUUAAUUGCUACAUUCAAAAUGAUAGUGUUUUUAUUAGUAUUAAGAGAAUUUGUGAUUCUAUGUUUAUGAAGGUUGAUAGCAAUGUUCCUAUUUUGAAUUUCUAAGUACUAUAAAACUGGGUGCCAUAAUUGUGUUAGAACUUAGAAGACGUUAAUUACCAUUAGAUAACUUUAAGUACAGUUAUCUUUUUGAUUUUUUAUUUGUAUGAAAGUAAUUUUUUAGUUACCUUAUAAUUUUAAUUAAAGCUAGUACUAAGUACUAUGUGAUUGAUUGAUCUCUUGUUGAUUAUUGUGCCUUAAACUAAUUUUAUGGUGUAAGUAAGCCAUUGUUUUCGUAAAUUUGAUUUUUUUUAAAUACAAGAUUUUUAUUUUGAUAGUGUGUUUUAUUCAACUUAUCACACAGCGUUACACCUAAAUUUAACACCUUCAAUGUGAUACAUCAAUAUGUUACAAGCAUUUUUUGUCAUAUUUUCAUUAAAAACGUGACAUGUGUGUCUGUGUUUUUUUAAAU